AUGUUUGACGUGACAGUGAAGACGCUUGAUGGAAGAGACUCUGUAUUCCAUAUAGAAAAUGAGUCCAUGAAUAUCGAAAAUUUCAAAAAAGAAAUCGAACAGAAGUUGAACAUCGCAGCUGAUCAACAACGGCUUAUUUUCCAAGGAAGGGUUCUCAACAAUGAACAAACUCUGUUGGAAUGUGGUAUUCAAGGUAAAGUGGUACAUCUUGUUGUCAGGCCUCCUCCAACUACCAGAGAACAAUCAUCUUCUGGAACUGCAACAGCUGACUCAACAGCUAACAUGGGUGGUUCUGGCCUAGGCGGAUUUACGUUUGGAGGUAUAAGCAUGCAGCAAGCUAUACAAGACAUUACCUCUGGAAUACUGAGUGGUGUUAGCGAGCUGAGCAGAGCAACUAACCUCUCUCUCUCUCGUGAUGGUGAUCUUUCUGGAGAUUCCCUUCAUGAUCAUUCUUUAAUAACCUUACGAGAAAAUGCUUUCAACAAAUUGCAUCGCCAAGCCACUCGCCUUACUCAAAAAAUAUCCCAAAUAUCUUAUAAAGACUCUCAUGAUAACAAGGUAAAACCAUCAGAAACUGACCCGUCUCCUUCCACAUCUCAUUCUACAAACCAACAUGACAUUCAGAAGGUUGAUAUUAUUAACACUUGUGAUAUUGUAAAUGAAACGUCCAAACGAGAAUCAUCACCCAUGUUAGUGGACACGGAUGAAUAUGAUAAAAUUUCCCCAGAUGAAAUCGAAAAUCUUAAUAAUGAUGAGCAACCAAAAGCUGAGGGAGAAAAUAACACAGAAUUUGUAGAUAAUUCAAUAAAUUCCACACCAGAACCUUCUUUGGCUUUGUUAGCAGAUAUGCUUAGCAGAUAUCGUCAACUGUGGCACUCAAUAGAACCCCAGUUGGACCAGUGGGGAGAAAUGUUGCAUAAUGAAAGUAAGAUCGUUGGGACAACAUCUGAAGUCUGCUCCACUGCUGAAGACUCUUCCACAUUAGAAGUUGGUCACAAAUCACAAGAUAUUGAAACUAAGAGGAGAACAACUCAAGUGUCGAACUGGCAUCCACGUCUGUUUUCUCAAGUAAGCCGUUUACUACACUUAAACGCCCAUAUGCUUCAUUUGAUAUCCGAUUUCAAUGUAAUUACUAUGACAGAACGGGAGACACAACAAGGCAAUAGUACCGUUUCUGCUUCUCAGACUAGUAACUCGGAAUCUAAAACAUCAACAAGUAAUGAACCUCAAAGACAGGAUCCUGACGCAAAUACUUUAAUUGACAUCACAAGUGAUCCUGUGAAAGAACCAAAGCCAGUUCCUCAAGUCAAACGAUGUACUCAACGGGUUUUAAGUGUUUCGGAUACUGAUAGACGUCGAAUACGUGCGCGGAUCAGCGUUGAACCACCUGAUCUUACGAUUGUGGCAACUGGAGACGGACAAGAACCACGGAUUAUUAGAUCCGAACAUCCUGUUUCCAAUGUUGGCUCCACAACUUCACGUAUCCGAAGUCGAUCGGCGUCUAAUGUAAACCGCGCUAGUAACCUUCAGAUGGAAAAUGCUCCUGCUGUAACGAGUUCAUCUGAUACACCUAACCCUGCGAUGACUACAACGACAACCUCUUUGGGAAACGGACGCACCGCUAUUAUCCACCGUUUCGACAUUCCAAUAAUAUCUGUGAACACAUUUAGUCUCCCAGCCGCUCCAUUUUUAGCAUCACUUUCAUCUCCAGUAACUGCAACAAGUGCUCCUACUAGUGUUGUGUCAAUACCAUCUACUACGCGCACUGUGACUACUUCCAGUGAUCCACUACCAACUACUCAUACUAACGUAACUAUGGUUCCUCGCCCAUCACUCCCUCCACUUACGGUAAUCGACUCAGUUGAUCCUUUUUUGGCAUGCAAUUCUCGUCACUUUUCACGUGAAGUUAGUCAUAGAGUUUCUACGUCAUACAAUUUGCCAGAACCACCACCACUUACACCAAUUAAUGAUAUCGUCACACCACAUGGUGUUAAUAUUAGUCGUCUGGGUCGUUCACAAGCAAGUGUAGAUCCUACAAGUUUAGACAACCAAACAAGAUCUGGUUUGCCGUCGCAAGUUUCUUUUUCGUUUGCAGAAUGUGCACCACCGAGUGCCCCAAGUAAUCCACCUACAGUAAACACUGGAUCUGCAGGUACUAGACCUCCUGGAUCAUUUUCCUUUGGUUCAGGAAUCAGUCUGCCUCAACACCUUUUAUCUCUUGUAUCCGCCGCCACUAAUGCCGCAAUUUCUGCUGUGAGUACCGAUAAUUUCACUCCCGGUCCCUCACCAUUCAAUCUGCUUGUUUCAUCGUCACCCAUACAAUUCUCAAUGAAUCCAUCCCAUCCUGUGACAAAUUUAGCAGGAAGUGCAACUUCAACAGCAACUACAACUAGUGGAUCAACGACGCAUAGUACUCCAAGAGUUUUUCCUCAAACGAAGCCAUCUUGGGUAUCUAGUGAAAUCGAUCAAUCACAACUUACAGGGGUAUUUCAAAUCUUCAGUGUACUCAUAGAUGGUUUGAUUAAGACAGUAUGGUCCAGGAUUUCCCAGUCAUCAUCAAAUUUAAUGGCUGCCUGCGAAUAUGUAAAUGAUCAAAAGUAUCCCGUGAAUAGCGCAUCACGUGGUCGAAGUGUAUCCAUUGGGUUAUUAAGUGAUAUUAUUACAGCUAUUCAUAAUGAGGUCAAUGAGCAUCCUGAUACUCAAAGCUGCGGCCACAUUACUUCAUCCUCCUUGGAUGGUUUACGCGAACAUCUCCAAGAUCACCUUUUCUGGGCUGAGUCAGUUUUGGGGAACAAUCAAACAGAACUUGUUAAUUGUUUAGUUAGUGUUAUUUUUAGAGACCGAUUGUCAGAUGCUUCUCAUAGUGAAUACGCAACAUGGCUAAGAAAUUUUGGUGAAAAUCUCCCUGAACACCUGGUUGAUACAACAGCAUCAUUUGCCAAAUUAUGUAGGUAUAUUGUUUCUUCGCAAUUGGAUUUGUGGAGAGCCAGUCCAACGAAUACCGGGUUCGGUAAUACCCUACUGAUGACUCUGAAGAUUGCUUGUACAGAUCUUCUGUGCUUAACAGACAUCCUUACAAAUCAUCUUGCUUCUUCUUUGGGUAUUGAACUACAUACUGAAUCAAGUUCCGAAACUCCUCAAGGAAUUCGAAACCAAAUGUUUGGCAUCACUACAGGCUUUGAUUUGUUGUUGGAUCAUUUAAAUUCAUUUUUGCAAGAGAAUGAGGAUGAUGAAAACUUUGACUUUGCUCAAGACUUUAUAACAGGUUUUGAGAAUUGUAUUAAAUCGUACUGCGAUAUGGAUGAAACCACAUUACGUGCCAAGGUCACGCACCAAAAGUCCUCAUACAUAGAGUUCAGGAAAUUCAAAAUCCCUUCACCUAUGAUGGUUGAUCCGUCAAAUGGUGAAAUCCAACGAAAUGUAUUUGAUGAAGAUUUGCACGGUGAUGAUUUGCCGUUUGUGGACGCAUAUUCUGAUCUGCCUUCGGAUGAAAUGAACCGUCCUAUGUCAGCUGUUUCAAAAAAUAGUAAUGAUGUACUUACUGGUCAGCUUAAAUUACAAUCAAAAAUAUCUUCCUUACCUGAUUGGACUCCGAAACCAGGAGAAUUGCCUGAGAGUAGGAUAAAUGGACUUGAUCCUAAUCCGAAUGCUACUCUGCCUAUAAGUAAUGACCUAUCAGUUCCAAAUGAAACAGAAGGUUGGCACGCCGUUUUACCUCCUGCCUGGAUUCAUGUAGUCACGAGCGAUAUAUCUGCUAUGUCACAUAACCUUCCGACUACAGAUGAUCCUAAUCAAUUCGGGCGAUUCAGUGAUGGAUAUAUAGCAGGCAUGCCUGCGAAAAGACGAAAGGUUAUGCAAGAACACUCAGCAUCUUUAUUUCAAUCACCUGACCAAUUAUUCAUAGAAUGCUUAUCCGAUGCUGUUGCAAGUGAUCAUGUUAAUAAAGAGAAGACGAACGAAUAUUCGAAUAAUGAUGUAGAAGAUAAAUAUAAGUCGAAACUCAGAAGACUACCUGCCGCAGAUAUUGAACUCGUAAACUCCUUGAGAGAAGUUGUCUCAGAUCGACUAGCAGUACGUUUGACGAAUGACCCAGACUUUGAUACAACACAAUUCCCACUGUCUACUCAGAAAUUUUUAAAACGAGAUCCAAAGGCACGAAUGUAA